AUGGAUGAUAACGAAGAUGAAAUUGUAACCGAAAAUUACGAAGAUGAAGAUGAUCAACAAUCUGACUUUAUUAAAUUAUUUGAGAGUUCUCUUGAUAAGAAUAAAAAGAAUCAGAAACAACUUCCAAAACUCCCACGUCGUGGUAAAAAAUCCACCACCACCUGCAAUAACAAUCAAACAACAACACACCUUUUAGAAACAUCACGUGACACACUACACAAAACCAUAUCUCAAGAACGUAAAACAAUAGCGCGUAAUUUGUGUCAUGCAAUUUGGCAUGGGGCGCCAAUAAAUCAAGGACUGCUGACCAAAGUCCAGCAUCAAGAUUUUCAUCGAGAUAUUGGACAUACAAACGGUAAAAUUUGGUUAUGGCCUGAAGAAGUGUUGUGGUUGAUGGAACGUGGCGUGUUGAUGUUGCAAUAUUGUGGAGCUCCGGUUUCUUUGCAACAAGCAGAAAUAUCAGGCAAGGUUUAUGCGUAUCUAAAAAGACUUGGAUACAUUGUAAUUAGAGCGCCUAAUGCUUUUCAUACAUCAUCGUCAUCAUUAAAAAAGCAUUCACCUACUCCUCCUACCAGCACAUCAACAUCAUCUUCACUAUUACCAACAACAAGAUUUCACCAGUUUCUACUAAACUUAUCGACCCCUGGAACUUGUAGCUCUUUUGAAGAAGUAUUCGAAAAUCUACAAAUAAUUAAACGGAUUGACGAUGACGACGAAAUAUACAGAAAUCAAUCGAAAGAUGAUGAAAACAAUUAUACAAUUGAUUAUUAUGUGUAUGCGGGCUGCUCCAAAUUCAAAAAGAAACAACCGGGUGAGCCAACAUUUCGUGUUUGUGUCACCAGUGCAGAAUCAAAAACUCCACUGGCGUUUCAUGAUUUUUCUAAAAUAUUCCGUGAACCAAGUAAAAUCAUAUUUGCUAUUGUUGAAGGUGCAAAUAUCGUGUUUAUUUCUCGUCAAGCUGUUAAUUUUCAUGGGUUAAAUGUGAAAAUUAUUGGUGUUGAUUGUUGA